AACUCUCUCCCCAUAUCCCCGCCGCCAAACAAGCUCUGACUCGAGCCAUCCUUCUCUUGCCCCCCAAGUUUCCGACACACCAGGGAAUUAUUUUUUAUUGAAUCUCUAAACUUUCACUUCGAGAUUGAUUUUUACUCUACUCUUCAGAUUUUGGGUUAUUUUCUGUUGUACUGCUGUUGCUGUGAAUUCUGAUCACACCGCUGUUUGAAACCCUGUCUUGGGUUUAGGUGACUGAUUUGACUGGGGAUGAAGGUUUAAGUUGUGGAUGUCUUUAUAUGGGUCCUGAUUUGUAUCUGAUCGAGAAAGCCACUUCGAAUGUGGUUUCGACUAAUAAUAAUGAGUGUGUGGCUCAGAAUCAAGAAAACAAGGGGAACAUUGGUAUGGAGGUUGAUCUUAUUGAAUGCGUCAAUUCUGGGGAGUCUGAGAUGAUUGAUGUCGAAUGCCAGGAAUGCCAGAACGCUACCGAGUGUUCGAGUUCUUUCAGUGACACGGUAUCGGGGGAUGAGAACGGUUUGAUUGCGAAUGGUGAAGUCGAAUCACCUCUGUUAGUCCCGGGGUUGAUUGGAUCGUUAUCCGAUGGCUGGAGUGAACCGUUUCAGAUGGGGAAGAGAAGGUUAACAGAUCACUGGAGGAGGUUUAUACAUCCUCUUAUGUGGCGCUGUAAAUGGUUAGAAAUUAAAUUUUGUGAACUGAAGUCUCAAGGACUCAAGUAUGAGAGAGAGCUUGCACAAUACGAUCAAAGCAAACGGUUUGAGUUUGAAAAGUUUACUUCUGGCGGCUUUGAUGCAAGGUUGUGUGCAUUUCGUUCGAAAGCUCCAAGGAAGGAAGUAAUGAAGAGGAAGAAAAGAAAACGAGUAGAAGAUACUGCAGAUGUGGCAUCAUAUAUGUCGCAUCAUGAUAUAUUCUCGUAUUAUGAAAAUAAGAAGUCUGCUGUUGCUGCUCCUGCUGCUUUGCUUUCAGUCGAUGAUUGGCGUGUUCUAGAUAAUAGAAUGGUCAAUGGCUAUGAUGAUGAUGAAUUCAAUGAUGGAUGGCCAUUUGAAUCUAGAGAUGGUGAUAACUUGACAGAACAGAUCCUUCCGAAGAUUGAAUUGCUAUGGUCAAGAAUUCGGACACUGAAGACACGAAUGGACAAGGUAGUGAAUGGAACUCCUCAAAAGUUCUCGUCUAUCAUCAUUUUGAGUUCACUUGUACCUGCUGAUGAAUUGAACAAUCCUGAAAGUCAUUGUGCCGAGAAAGAUGACCAAAAUAGUUUGCAAGGUACCACAUCCCAGCAUGCAUCUGAGAUUGACUUGUGGGAUAACAUUAUGCCUGAAAGUGCACUUUUGGAUCAUGGAGAAGUGACCCUUGUCCCGGAUGUGAUCAGGAGCAUGAGUCAGCGUAUGCUCGCUCUAUCGUCGGAAAAUAUUGAUGCUGAAAUUCUAAUACCAAACGAAGCAGCCAAGGAGGAGUUACUUAGUUUCGGUAGCGCCAUAAGUCAUCAGGUAGAGAAAUCAAAGGCGGUUGCCGUUGUCGUCCAUGCUCCCAGAGACAACUUGCAGGUUAACACCGCUCUUGAACCAAAUGCACAGCCACCUUUUUUCAAGUCGAAGCAAGCUGAUAAUGAAAGGAGUAGUGGGGUUCAAAGAUUGGAGCUUGGCCGAUGGAGUCGGAAAUCCUCGGGUUGAACCGGAUUAAGUUGAAUUUCACUGAUAUUGGGAUUUCAGACAGAUGAAAUUGCAUUGGAGAAAAGAGGAUAAGUUUUUUUUUUUUUUCUUCUGUUUUGAUGAUAAAUCAUGUAAAUGCCAUUACCAUUCCAUUAUUUCACCCUAGCUAUAAUAUA